AUUAGCAUACCACUAUCCAUCCCCCAUUUCUUUAUUAUUCUUCUUCAAUGAAAGAACGUUUUGUCUCCACCGCUCCCCUUCUCCGGCGCGGCCACUAAACCUCCCUCUCCGCCCCAGAUUUCUGUGCUCAUCUUUUUAGGGUUUCGAAUUCUUGAUUUAGGGUUUCUGAGGCAAAAAUGGAGAAUUACAAUCAGCUAGGAGAAGAAGCCGCUGCGGCUCAAAGGGGUGGCACUAGUAGCUUCUUGUACUGCGGCUCCGUUCUUGCGCCGCCGAGUUAUAGAGCCGCCGGCGCCGGCGCCGGCGAGUUUCACUUGCAAGCUUAUGAGCCAAUAGUGAAGACUGAAGGGGGGAGCAGUUCUCAUAAUCAUCACCAAAGGUUUGAGAGUGAAAUGGAAGCUAUAAAGGCUAAGAUUAUUGCCCAUCCUCAGUAUUCCAAUCUUUUGGAGGCUUACAUGGACUGCCAAAAAGUUGGGGCGCCGCCGGAGGUGGUGGCGCGUCUCGCGGCGGUGCGUCAAGAGUUUGAGUCCCGGCAACGCGCCUCCGGUCUCGGUGGGAGAGAUAUUUCCUCUAAGGACCCGGAACUUGACCAGUUUAUGGAAGCGUACUAUGAUAUGUUAGUGAAGUACCGAGAAGAACUGACCAGGCCUUUACAAGAAGCAAUGGAGUUCAUGCGACGGAUCGAAUCGCAACUAAAUAUGCUUAGCAACGCCCCAGUCCGGGUCUUCACUUCUGAUGACAAAUGUGAGGGUGUUGGUUCCUCUGAAGAUGACCAAGAUAACAGCGGUGGUGAAACCGAGCUUCCCGAGAUUGAUCCCCGGGCUGAAGACCGCGAGCUGAAGAACCACUUGCUGAGGAAGUACAGCGGCUACCUAAGCAGUCUGAAGCAAGAGCUUUCGAAGAAAAAGAAGAAAGGAAAACUCCCAAAAGAAGCCAGGCAAAAGCUGCUCAACUGGUGGGAGUUGCACUACAAAUGGCCUUAUCCCUCGGAAACCGAGAAGGUGGCUUUGGCUGAAUCGACGGGGUUGGAUCAGAAGCAGAUUAACAACUGGUUCAUCAAUCAAAGGAAACGGCACUGGAAGCCUUCUGAGGACAUGCAGUUUAUGGUGAUGGAUGGUCUGCACCCACAAAAUGCAGCUCUUUACAUGGAUGGUCACUACAUGGGAGACGGUCCAUAUCGCCUAGGUCCAUAAUCCAAUCCAACAUAAUAUAAAACGUCGACUUCCAUAUCGAGUUUUUUUAAGGUUGUAACUUAGGACAUCAUGUAUCUGCCUGAGACCGCCUUGAAAUAUACGCGUACACUAUGCCUUCCGGCUGGCUUGCCGGGAAUCUUGAACGACGGGAGCUAGCUAGGUUAACUUCUUGUUUAUCUUUGAUCUGCAACUUGUGGUAACCUUAGCAAGCAAAGCAAGAUUUCUCCGAAACUAUGAAGGAAAGUAGGGCGUUUUUAUGUAUUUGUAACGAGUUUGAUGUAGUAAUUAAGUGCAAUUGUAUAUGGUGAGACUGAUGCUAGUAAAUAAUUUCAGUUAGCCUAUAUAUAAUAUUAUUAUGAUUUUAGUCCUUUUAA